CCUGGUGACAUCGUCCUCUUUCUCCGUCAUACACCACUCUCUUUCUCUUGAGCACGCUCUACACCUGUGGCAUGUCCGCCGAAGCGACAUCCAGCGACAACUCGAGUCCACGAGAUCUUCACUCCGUCGUCUUGCAGACAACGCUGCAGGAGAUCACCACGCGACCGACGGAUCUUCAAGACUGUUGCGUCAUUUGCCUCGAAGAGAUUACAGAAGGCUGCGAGGCGCAACCCUGCCACCACCAUAACUUCGACUUCCUCUGCCUCGCGACAUGGCUUGAACGACAAACAGCAUGCCCGCUAUGCAAGACCGAGAUCAAGGAGGUCCGUUACGAGUUUAGUGACGACCGAAAGCAAUGGAAGACCUUCAAGGCUCCAGAGAGACCCCCGGAUAAGGCUGGAAACACAGCGAAUGCCUCUUCUGCACAGCAGACGAGACGAUAUUACUCUCAAGCCCGCCCACGGCGGCCACGGCUCCAUGCGCCUUCGACGACUCGGUCCAAUCUGUCUCAAGAUGAGGCAAUUACCCGCCGAAGACAUGUUUACCGACAUCAAUUGUACUCGCUGCACGUGGGCUCGAACAGGAUAUCAAGAUACCGAGACUUGACUCCGCAAAUGUUUGCCUCCGAUACAGAGCUUGUCUCGCGCGCGCGUACAUUCCUCCGGCGCGAACUACAGGUCUUUGAGUUCCUCUCGCCCGAUAAUCAUGCAAGGCCGCUAGAUACCGACCCGAUCCGACGUCGCAGAGCCAACAAUGCCGAGUUCUUGCUCGAGUACAUCAUCGCUAUCUUGAAGACUGUGGAUAUGCAAGGCAGCAUGGGCCAAGCUGAGGAGCUCAUUCAAGAGUUUCUAGGCAGAGAGAAUACACGAUUGCUGCUUCAUGAGCUUCGGGCGUGGCUGAGAAGCCCCUACAUGUCGCUCGAAAGCUGGGACCGCGCUGUGCAGUAUCCGGAUGUUACACCCAAGCGGCGACGGUCACAGAGUCCCAACGCAGCUAAUCGCGGAGAAUCGUCCACGACUACCAACAGUAUAUACCCAUCAACCUGGAGGAGAGAUGAGAGACGCAGGCAUCGCAGGCAGCCUUACGAAUCGCGUCGGUCACGGAAUGACCAAAGACUACGAGAGGCGACAGAACGCUACUCGGUUGAUUGAGCACUGAUAGCACGACUCGAACAUGAUGAUACCCAUAGUUGUGGCUUCACACCUAUUUACGGCGGAUCCUUUUGCGGAACUAUUUUGCGCAGUGGAUGACAGAGGAUACAAGCUUUAGACUGGCCUGUGCUUUAUUAGCUUGCAACUUUGCAAGGGCGGCAGGGCGGCAGGGCCCUCGGCGGUGGUAAUGAACAAGGGGCGCACAUAGACUCCACGAAUCAUGAAUGCAAC